AUGAGUCUGGAGGAGACUGAGUGGGGUGAGGGGAUUGCGCUCCGUAGGGUGACCCCCCCCUCCCGGAAAGCCAUCCUGCGGCAGAGCUCAGAUGCCUGUACUGCUGUGAACUGGAAGAGCAUUAGGUAUGGAGAACCUGAUGGCUGGCUCAUCCCUACCCCCACUGUUUGCAGAUGAUGAUGGCUCAAAGGAGAGCAGUGAUAUGCCCACAAGUGGGUUAGCCCACUCUGAGGGGUCAUACGGUGGAGGAGCUUCGCAGUCUGUGAACAACCCAGACUUUGUGGAGGACUUGUCACAAGUUCAGUUGCUGCAAAAUGAGUCUUCUAAUACAGCUGAAAGCAGUGAGCAGAGACUUGAAGAAGAGCAAAGAACUAAACGAGGAGGCUGGUCCAAAGGGAGAAAGAGGAAGAAACCCCUUAGGGACAGCAAUGCCCCAAAAUCCCCCCUCACAGGGUAUGUGCGAUUCAUGAAUGAGCGUAGGGAACAGCUUCGAGCGAAGAUGCCUGAAGUCCCUUUCCCAGAGAUCACCAGGAUGCUGGGCAAUGAGUGGAGUAAGCUGCCUCCUGAGGAGAAACGGCGCUACCUUGAUGAAGCAGAUAGAGAUAAGGAACGGUACAUGCGGGAACUGGAGCAGUACCAGAAGACAGAGGCCUACAAAGUCUUUAGCAGGAAAGCACAGGACAGGCAGAAAGGCAAAUCACACCGGCAAGAUGGAACGCGACAGACUGCCCAUGACCAUGAGAAAGAAGCAGACACGAAGGAGAGGUCUGUUUUUGAUAUCCCAAUCUUCACAGAAGAGUUCCUGAAUCACAGCAAAGCACGGGAAGCAGAGCUGCGCCAGCUGCGUAAAUCCAACAUGGAGUUUGAGGAGAGGAACGCUGCCCUGCAGAAGCACGUGGAGAGUAUGCGCACUGCUGUGGAGAAGUUGGAGGUGGAUGUGAUCCAGGAGCGCAGCCGGAACACAGUGCUGCAGCAGCAUCUGGAGACCUUACGGCAAGCACUCACCAGCAGCUUUGCCGGAGUCCCACUACCAGGCAGUGGGGAGACCCCCACAAUGGACACCAUUGACUCGUACAUGAACAGACUGCACAGUAUUAUUCUGGCUAACCCACAGGAGAAUGAGAAUCUCAUAGCCACAGUCCGAGAGGUUGUAAACCGGCUUGAUCGCUAGUGACUUGGGUAAGCACCCCCUUGCUCAGACUGGUUUGCUUACCAGCA